AUGGGGCUAGGGGGGUUGGGGGAGGAGGAGGGGGACCCGGACAACAGCAGCCUGCCGGCCACGCAGAGUCACAUCCUGACCGCCCAGUUCGAGUGCUACAUGAAGAUCAACGAGGACCCCCCGCGCCAAGGCAACGGAACCUUCUGUAACCGCACCUGGGACGGCUGGCUGUGCUGGGGGGACGCCGAGCCGGGGACAGUCCUCCAGAUGUGUCCAGAGUACUUCCAGGACUUUGACCCUGCUGAGAAGGUGACCAAGGUGUGUAACCCCGACGGCACGUGGUUCCACCACCCGGAGAGCAACAGGGUGUGGUCCAACUACACCCAGUGCGCGGCCUACACCAAGGGCAAGCUGAAGGUGGCCUACAGUCUGUUCUACCUGGCCCUGCUCGGUCAUGGUUUGUCCAUCAUCUCUCUCCUCAUCUCUUUGAUAAUCUUCUCCUACUUCAAGAGUCUCAGCUGCCAGAGAGUCUCCCUCCACAAGAACAUGUUCAUGUCCUUCAUCCUCAACUCGGUUGUCACGGUGAUCUGGCUCUCCACCGUCCCUAACAACCAGGAGCUGGUCGCUAGCAACCCCAUCAGCUGUAAGGUCCUGUCGGUGGUCAUCCAGUACACCUUCGCCUCCAGCUACUUCUGGAUGCUGUGCCAGGGCAUCUACCUGCACACCCUCAUCAUCGUGGCCGUGUUCGUUGGCGAGCAGCAGCUGGUCUCCUACUACAUCCUGGGCUGGGGUUUUCCCAUCAUUCCUGCCGUUACGUAUGCUGUGGGGCGAGGGAUGUUUUAUAACGACAAUUGCUGGAUCAGCUCCAACACACGGCUAUUAUACAUCAUCCAUGGUCCAAUUCAUGUAGCAUUACUGGUGAACCUGUUCUUCCUGCUGAACAUCGUGCGGGUGCUGAUCACCAAGCUGAGGGUGACCCACAGCGCUGAGACCACGGCCUACAUGAAGGUGGUGCGGGCCAUCCUCAUCCUGAUCCCCCUGCUGGGGGUCCAGUUCAUCCUGGUGCCCUGUCGGCCCACGGGCCGCCUGGCCUUCGCCGUCUACGAGUUCACCAUGAACAUCUUCUCACACUUCCAGGGACUCCUGGUGGCCAUCAUCUUCUGCUUCUGCAACAGUGAGGCCCAGACGGCGCUGCGCAGGAAGUGGGCCCAGUGGCAGAUCGUGUGGGAGAAGAACCCCGUCCACUCCAACUUCCACUCCAGCUCGCACUACUGCACCUCCUCCUUCACCAUGUCCGACACCGGCCAGGCCCCCAUCAGCCUGAAGCCCAGCCCCCCGCUGGUGGCCCCGCCCCCCGACGAGCCACGCCCCCUGGGUCCGCCCCCAAAGGAGCUGGCGCAGACCAACGGCCAAUGGAGGGACGGCGAGGCCGGACCGCAGCAACAGAAGCAGCAGACCCCCGGGAUCAGCGAGACCACCCGCGUCUGACCACCAGGGGGCGUCUGACCACCGGGGGGCGUCUGAAGACCAGGGGGCAGCAGACCCACAGGGGGCGUCUGACCACCAGGGGGUCUGCCCACCAGGGGGUCUGCCCACCAGGGGGCAGCGCUGGGGCGGCGGAAGUCAAGAUGGUGGAGCUCGGUUUUUGUUAUCAUUUGUAGUUUUUUAUGUCUUUAUUUGUAGUAUUUUGUCUCAUUUGGGUUUGUUGUUUUCUGUACGCAAUGACCUAAAGAGAGACCACAGCUGCUGUUCAUCCACAUGCUCAGACACGCAGUGACGACACACACAAACACACCACACACACACACACAAUACAAUACACACACCACACACACACAUGCAAACUCACAAUACACACCACACACACACACACACACACACACACACACACAAUACAAUACACACCCCACACACACACACACACACACACACACACACACACACACACACACACACGCGCAAACUCACAAUACACACCACACACACACAGACACACAAUACACACACACACACACACACACACACACACACACACACACACACACACACACACACACACACACACACACACACACACACACACACACACACACACACACACACACAAACACACACACACACACACACAGGCACAGUGAGAGAAGGGCUUCAGUCCAGCUCGGGGUCUAUUUUAACCAUGUGUUAUACAUUGUGUUGCACAUGUGCUGUAUUAUACUUCCGCCUCAUAUUCUUUAUACUCUCCACCGUCCUGCUCAUUUCAGCGUACACAUGUUACACUGUGGCGAUCAGCUAUGGUUCAACUGAGAGCUGUGGGUUUGAAACCUGUGUUUAAGCACAGCCCAGUGUCAUGUAUUAAUGUAUGUAAUGUAUGCAGACAGGACCCAUCAGACCCAGCCUGCUGUCCACUCUACGGAGUAGCCAUCCCCUCAGACUCUGUUCACCAGAGUGUUCGCUGCCAUACAGAGGGAGGGUUUGUGUUUUUAUAUUCUUUAUCAUAUGUGUAUCAUCUUGUGUGUGUGAGCCAGCGUUCUGACUACAGGAGGGAACGGGGGAUUCUUCGGAACGAAACCGAGUGUAAAAAUAGCCACCAGUUAUAAACAACAAGUCCUGAAAUGGUUUGUUUUCUUAUCGGAGGCCAAAACCAGCCGCUGGUUUCAAAAUAAAAGUCCCAAGCAGUCAGUUAUGUAAUGCAGAUUAUCAGGACACUUAAAUAUUACAAAGCCCAACACAGUAUUACUAAUGUUCCUAUACUUGUGCGUCGUUGUUAUUGUAUUACUAUCGGUCAAAUAAUUGAGGAAAUGCGCCACUAUUUAUAACGCUUUGUAUCGUCGUUGCCAUGAACUUUUAUUUUUCAAGAGUUUUAUUAUUACUGCAUACUUGUAUGAAAUGGCCAACGAGAGGUUUUCUACUGCAAUUAAAUCAAAUAAAGGUUAUCCGAUACCUGCGAAACAUUCCAACAGAUGUUAAGGGAGAUUUUGUGGGAAUGGUUGACUUUUUGAAUAUUAUUAUCUACUUUGUAAAUAUUUGAUGACUAACUCUGAGUUAUGAGUGACAAUAAAUAUAAUGUUGAAUACCCGAUUUUGUGAGAUCUUAUGGUUUAAUUUAGAGACAAACUUUAUGAAUUUCCCUAUGUAGCAAAAUACAUAAAAGUCAACAAUAACCAACCAAAGAUAGGUAUGUUGUAAUGAAAAUAAAUGAAUCACUCAACCAAGCAAUAGCAGAUGUAGGCGAUAUGUACAAAACGGCCUAUAUUCACUAGUUUAUUGAAAUAGCUUAACUUCGCAGACACCCCAAAAGGGCGAGGUCCCACCGAGAUUUGAACU